AUGGCGUCUACAGCAGAACAAACUUCAAAGUAUUUGAGGUCAAAGGAGAUCUCGGUAAAGGAGAUAUCUGAAUUCUCUAACAAACUCAUCGAUGGUGAUAUUGACGUCUAUUUCCCUAACGCCGAAACUUUUGUGCUCGAGUUGAUAGCAAAUCGUUGGAUUGAUCAGAGAGAAUUGAAGUUCAAGAGCAAUUAUCGAAUUUGGGCGCUUUUUAAUCGGUGUUGGAGAAAUGUGAAUAAUGAUGAACUGCGAAAAAUGAUAUUUAAGACACUUAAAUUUCCAGAAACGUUGAUUCAGGGACUUCAAAAUGUUGUACAUGAGCCUUCCGAGGUGCCCUUGUUUGCUUCUGCUCUUCAAGGAACGUUGGAGCUAAUAAAUGCGAAUUUUGUUGUCGAAACGACGGCAGAACAAAGCCAGCAUAUCAUAAGUGGUGUUUUUCAACUGAUUGUCGAAUCCUACAACAUGGACGCAGAUGCUAGAAGUGGUCUUCUGAUGGAAGUUUUCAAUCUCUUACAGUCCGGUCUGAACUAUGAGCCUACAUUGAAAACCUGUAAAUCAUUCAUCGACAUUGUGCUUUUCAGGCUAGUACGAUACAUUAGCCUUCUCGAAAAUUUGAAUGGUCCUCCUGUGAAACAAACUCUGCGGUUACUGCAUCGACAUGUUUUCACUGGCGACAACGCGGUCAUCGGUCACCUAAUAAGUUCGUUGUCAUGCGAAACUCAGAGCUUAAAUGCUCGCGAACAUUGCACGCUUUUCGAGAUUGCUGCUCAUAACCUGUCAAAAAGCGAUUUCACAACGCUAGAGCGCUUAUUCACGGCGAUUGUAGCCCAUGAUUUUACGGCCAUGCCACAUCUCUUGCGGAUUUUGUCAGAAACUAGGAAAACAAUGUCACAGACUUUUCUGGAAAACCUCUUCGAAAAAUUAUUCAAAUCAAUUUCUACCAGAGACGACAGUACUACCUGGUAUUUGAUCACUAGAAUUCUACAACUUGACAUAGAGGUCGGAAUCAGGCAGGCAUCCAAAAUAAUGAACAGACUAGCAUUCGUUUCCGACCUCAAUCUAAAAGUUAUGACGUUUAAGACUCUCGUUGAAUGUUUUGCUAAUGGUAGAGACCUGCACAAGUUUCUCAAACUUUUAGAAGAUUAUGAAUGUACCCGAGAAGAUGCACCAUCAUACAUCUAUGAUGAGCCAUUUAUUGAAGUAGUGGCAAAUCGCGUCGCGGAAAUGGCGAAUAAUACUAUUUUUGAACACUUAUCAGGCCUGGUCGACGAAAUAAUAGUAAACCCUCAAAGAGCUGCCGUUCCGGUGCAGCUUCUCAUGAUCCUUUUGAGAGGGUUUCCCAAAAUUUCUGACGCUAAUAUGAUGCAACUCAAGCUGCCCUUAUCAAAACUAUUCGAACUAGAAGGAGACCAGACGUAUGCUUUGUGGAAUCUGUUUUAUAAUAUACUAAAUGUCUACGAUGACAUUUAUCCUGAAGACAAAUUUCUUGAGAUAGAGACUAUCGUUUCAAAUCUCCUCCAACAACGAGGGAAAUGUGCUGAAAUGUUUGCAUUUAUCUUUAAAUUGCGUGAAUUACGAGAUUUUAGCCUCGAGUCGACAGCGCAAUCUUUUGUCCAAUACUUCACUUCGGCGGAAAUUGAAGAAAGACGGAAGAUGCUGGAGAUUGUUUUCUGUGGCUUUCCAACCCUUUCAGACAAAUGUUUUUCCAAAGAAAGUCUCUCACUUUUUGCAGAGUGUCUCUUCAAAGUAGACUAUCAAAGUCUAUUCACUGUUGCAAUCUUGUCGGAUGAUGUUUUUGAGGAAACAAAUAUCAUGCAUUCUGUGACAUCGGUGUUAUCCGAAAGAUUAUCAGACGAUUUUUGCUUGCGAGCAUUAUGCGAAGUUCCAAUUCAAUGUAUCAAUAAGUCGGUUCGCAUAAAAACAAUAAACGACUUAAGCGCGAAGAAUGAUUUGACGUCAUUGGACUACGAGGUGUUGUGUCACUUGCUUCAGUAUCCCACAUACCGCUCCGAAUUAGAAACUAGUGUUGAACGAUUGCAGAGCGUUGUCGCGGGACGUAGUGACAAAUUUCUGCUAGAAAAUCCCGUCUUCGAGAUUGUUCUCAAAAACCAUAUCUGCCAAUCUAGUGAGAGCGUAAGUGCAGCCUUCUUGGAGGAUUUAAUCAGGGUUCUGCGAAUGCGCCUGUCAGAAAGUGCAGCAGAUGAGAUCGUGAAAAUGGCAUAUUACUUCAUAAUUCAAGAGCAAGCUUUGUCAGAAGAAUGUAAUGAGUUGACGACAAUUCUUACUGGAAUUUUAUCCGAACAGCUGAUUCUCUUAGCCGACAUAUUAAUCGAGAAUAGUGAAGCCUUCGCAUUUUAUUCUCAAGCCCUUUUCACCCUUUUUCUGAGGAGGAGAAAUGAGAAAACAGCGAGCGACAUCCUGCGCGUCAUCGGCUGCUUGCAUAGCAAACUCUCAGGAAAGUCCGUCCUUCUAAAAGUUGGCUGCAGCUUUUUCCUGCUUUUCAGUGCUGCUUACAAGAACGAGCUUAACAUUAUUUUGGCACACUACAUCGCUUUGCGUGAGUGUGGUCUAAAUAAAACUGAUCUUUUCCCUGCGGUUGAAUUCGCAGUUAGUGAAAGUUUGCAAAAGGGCUUCAAGGACUUCAAUAUCGCAUUCGCUUGCAUCUUAAACUCAUUGAACGAGCUGGGAUCAUCAUAUGGUGAGGCGAUCUGUGAGAUUUCCCAAUAUUUCCUCUCCCGCCUUAACAGGAAGAACAUCGAAUCUCAAAUCCUUUAUGCCAAAUUCCAAUCUGCCCUUCGAACUACAUUGCAAUUGAAAAGUAUCGAAAAUCAUCGACCGGUAUUGAUGCUGCUGGAAACUAUAAAAAGAUUACUCAUCACAGAGUCGUGGCUAUUUUCACAGUAUCUUACAGACUCUUUGUUCCCCCUAUGCUCGUUGGUUAAUUUCAAAUUCAUAAAAGCAGAGAACACUCACAAUGAUGACGUUAUGUCUUCAACAUGCCAACUCAUUUCGUCGAUUGUUUUGUUUCAUCGCUUCAAGCUUUUCAACAGGCAUCAUCUCAUUCUUUCAUUUCUCUGUCCUUCGCUUGAAUAUCUUGCAACUAUCUCCGAUGAGUUUUUGAAUUCGUCAUCUGCAAGGGAGCUAGGAAGACUAGUUUCCAACUUAUGUGAGUCCUCAAAUAUUUCGAAAAGCGGCAAAUCAAGGAGCGAAGUUGAUUCCAAAGUUACGCAUGUCAAGGGGCUGUUGAGGAAGUUUCUUCCCGUUUUCCUUAUGAAAUACAUUACGUUAUCCAUUUCUCAGCCUUUCCGGCAGGCGAUUAGAAAAGAGCUUUUACCAGCAAUCAAUUCAAUUUUCGACAUCUUUUCUGAGAGAGAACUAACUUUCAUCAGUGCAAAUUUGGACAACUCUGGCAGAACAUAUUUGCGGGGCAUUUAUUCGGAGUACAAGAAAGCUGGUAAAUGGCGCGAGAAUUGA